CGAGCCGCAGCAGGGAUUCUUUCUGUCAAGCUGUCCUCAAGACUCAUUGGUGAUGCGUGGCGCUGAUGGUUUGGUGGGAUUCUUGCGAGUCAAUACCAACUUACCACAGUCCAAAUCAAUUCCUGGAGCGCCUGCUGUGCGCGACUGACACUGGAGCCAUGCGCAAUUAACUUUGGCACAUAUUCACCCUCUUUUUACCGAAGGAAAGAGACACGAUCCCGCCUUUCCUGUCCCGGCGAGGGCACUCGGCCCGGAUCUGUUACAGCCGGCCAGAACACUUCGCAACGACGACGUUCUCACCGAGCAAGUGACGACGAGGUCACACUUCCGCCGCCACGAUGAACGGCUACGACGAGAAGCGCCACCUCGACGAGGACCCCUUUGCCGCAAAAGGCAACAUCGUCAGCGCCUUUGACGCAUUCCCAAAAUCCAAACCGCAAUACGUUACGCACACCUCCUCGGGUGGCAAAUGGACCGUCGCCAUGGUGCUCAUCUCCCUCGUCCUCGUCUGUACCGAGCUAUCCCGCUGGUGGCGCGGCGAGGAGCAGCACACCUUUGCCGUCGAGAAGGGCGUCUCGCACAUCCUGCCCAUCAACCUCGACGUCGUGAUUCGCAUGCGCUGCGCCGACCUGCACGUCAACGUGCAGGACGCCGCGGGCGACCGGAUCCUGGCCGCCGAGAAGCUGUCGCGCGACCCGACCGCGUGGGCGCACUGGGUCGACGGCAAGGGCAUGCACCGCCUGGGCCGGGACGCGCAGGGCCGCGUGGUGACGGGGGAGGGGUACGCGGCGAGCGUGGGGCACGACGAAGGGUUCGGCGAGGAGCAUGUGCACGACAUCGUCGCGCUCGGCAGGAGGAGGGCCAAGUGGAGCCGCACGCCGAGGCUGUGGGGGGCCGAGGCCGACAGUUGUCGCGUGUAUGGCAGUCUGGAGUUGAACAAGGUGCAGGGCGACUUCCACAUCACGGCGCGGGGACACGGGUACAUGGAGUUUGGGGAGCACCUGGAUCACAAGGCCUUCAACUUCUCACACAUAAUCUCCGAACUCUCCUUCGGCCCCUUCCUCCCGUCGCUCGUCAACCCACUGGACCGGACCGUCAACACGGCGCCGUCCCACUUCCACAAGUUCCAGUACUUCCUGUCGGUCGUGCCGACGACCUACAGCGUGGGCCGCCCGGGCGAGCUGGGGUCGGCGUCCAUCUUCACCAACCAGUACGCCGUCACGGAGCAGAGCCAGUCCGUGCCCGAGAACACGAUCCCGGGCAUCUUCGUCAAGUACGACAUUGAGCCGAUCCUGCUCAACAUCGUCGAGACGCGCGACAGCUUCCUCGUGUUUCUGAUCAAGGUUAUCAACGUCGUGAGCGGCGUGCUGGUGACGGGCCACUGGGGGUAUCGGCUGAGCGAUUGGUUGGGCGAGGUUCUAGGGCGGAGGAGGAGGGGGCAUAGCGAGGGGAUGUUGGGCGUAAAAGGGCAUUUUGAUGAGUAGGUUUGGCUAAAACGUGAUGUUAUAGAAAUGUGUAUAUUUGGGCUACUCUUUUGGUGUUCUCAAUAUGGUUCAUACUGUUCAUUGCAUUGCUAGUAUCGGCGCAAUCUCAAAUCAUUUUCGCGAGCC